CGAGGAGGGGACGCGAGCGGGAGGCUCUCUGCACUCGGCCGCCGGGGCUGCGGGGACGGGACGGGUGUCGGCGCGGGCUCUGCGGGCGGGGAGCCGAGUCCAGGCCGGAGCCCGAGCCGCGGCGGGAAGCCGGAGGGCUGUGCGCGGAGAUGGCGGCCGGGGCGGCCGCGGCGGCGGAGGAGGGGAUGGAGCCGCGGGCGCUGCAGUACGAGCAGACCCUGAUGUAUGGCCGGUACACUCAGGACCUUGGGGCUUUUGCCAAAGAGGAGGCUGCUCGGAUCCGCCUGGCAGGGCCGGAGCCCUGGAGGAGCCCGCUGUCCCCUCCAGCUCCCCUGGAACUUCUCGAAUACGGACAGAGCCGUUGUGCCCGGUGCCGCAUCUGUUCUGUACGCUGUCAUAAGUUCCUAGUAUCCAGGGUUGGUGAAGACUGGAUCUUCCUGGUCCUGCUGGGGCUCGUCAUGGCGCUGGUCAGCUGGGCCAUGGACUAUGCCAUUGCCGCCUGUCUGCAGGCUCAGCAGUGGAUGUCUCGAGGCUUGAACACCAGCCUCUUGCUCCAGUACCUGGCCUGGGUCACCUAUCCUGUCGUCCUCAUCACUUUCUCAGCUGGAUUUACACAGAUCCUGGCUCCUCAGGCUGUCGGGUCCGGCAUCCCCGAGAUGAAGACCAUCUUGCGGGGCGUGGUGCUAAAGGAAUACCUCACCCUCAAGACCUUUGUGGCGAAGGUCAUCGGGCUGACCUGUGCUCUGGGCAGUGGGAUGCCCCUUGGCAAAGAGGGCCCUUUUGUACAUAUCGCAAGCAUGUGUGCUGCGCUGCUCAGCAAGUUCCUCUCCCUCUUCGGGGGCAUCUAUGAGGUAAGGCGUACCCUGGAGGAGGGCGGAGGAGAGGGGUGGGCUGCUGAGCCCACUGAUUCCCCAUCCACCACUCACCAGAAUGAAUCCCGGAACACAGAGAUGCUGGCGGCUGCCUGUGCCGUGGGAGUGGGCUGCUGCUUUGCAGCACCUAUCGGAGGUGUCUUGUUCAGCAUUGAGGUCACCUCCACCUUCUUCGCCGUGCGGAACUAUUGGCGGGGCUUCUUUGCUGCCACCUUCAGUGCCUUCAUCUUCCGGGUCUUGGCGGUCUGGAACCGUGAUGAAGAGACUAUCACUGCUCUCUUCAAAACCCGGUUCCGGCUUGACUUCCCCUUUGACCUCCAGGAACUGCCAGCUUUUGCUGUCAUUGGUAUUGCCAGUGGCUUUGGGGGGGCGCUCUUUGUCUACCUGAACCGGAAGAUUGUCCAGGUGAUGCGGAAGCAGAAAACCAUCAACCGCUUCCUCAUGAAAAAACGCCUGCUCUUCCCGGCUCUCGUGACCCUGCUCAUCUCCACGCUGACCUUCCCCCCUGGCUUGGGACAGUUCAUGGCUGGACAGCUCUCACAGAAAGAGACGCUGGUCACCCUGUUUGACAACCGGACAUGGGUCCGCCAGGGCCUGGUGGAGGAGUUAGAGCCUCCCGGAACUUCCCAGGCCUGGAGCCCUCCACGUGCCAAUGUCUUCCUCACCCUGGUCAUCUUCAUUCUCAUGAAGUUCUGGAUGUCGGCACUGGCCACCACUAUCCCAGUACCCUGUGGGGCCUUCAUGCCUGUCUUUGUCAUUGGAGCAGCAUUUGGGCGUCUGGUGGGCGAAAGCAUGGCCGCCUGGUUCCCAGAUGGGAUUCACACGGACAGCAGCACCUACCGGAUUGUGCCUGGGGGCUAUGCAGUGGUGGGAGCGGCUGCACUGGCAGGAGCAGUGACACACACGGUGUCCACGGCUGUGAUCGUGUUUGAGCUCACAGGCCAGAUCGCCCACAUCCUGCCCGUCAUGAUCGCCGUCAUCCUGGCCAAUGCUGUGGCCCAGAGCCUACAGCCCUCGCUCUACGACAGCAUCAUUCGAAUCAAGAAACUGCCUUAUCUGCCUGAGCUGGGCUGGGGCCGCCACCAGCAGUACCGGGUGCGAGUGGAGGACAUCAUGGUACGAGAUGUUCCCCAUGUGGCCCUCAGCUGCACCUUCCGGGACCUGCGGUUGGCCCUGCACAGGACCAAGGGCCGCAUGUUGGCCCUAGUUGAGUCCUCUGAGUCGAUGAUCCUCCUGGGCUCCAUUGAGCGCUCACAGGUGGUGGCACUGCUGGCGGCCCAGCUAAGCCCAGCCCGCCGGCGGCAGCACCUGCAGGAGCGGAGAGCUGCCCAGACUCCUCCGCCACCCGAUCAGGAGAGCCCCCCCAGCCCUGAGAGCUCAGUUCGCUUCCAGGUGAGCACAGAGGGCUCAGGCUUCCCUGCGGCCCGGGGGGACACUCACAAGCCCCUGAAGCCUGCUCUCAAGAGGGCGUCCAGCAACUCCAUGAGCCUCAGGGAGAGUCCCCCAGGGAACGUGGAGCAGGCUGGCAUCGCCCUCAGGAGCCUCUUCUGUGGCAGUCCGCCCCCCGAGGCUGCUUCAGAGUUGGAGAAGUCGGAACCAUGUGACAAGCGCAAGCUGAAGCGGGUCCGAAUUUCCCUGGCAAGCGACUCAGACCUGGAAAGUGAAAUGACCCCUGAGGAGAUUCUGGAGUGGGAGGAGCAGCAACUAGACGAACCUGUCAACUUCAGCGACUGCAAAAUUGACCCUGCCCCCUUCCAGCUGGUGGAGCGGACCUCUUUGCACAAGACUCACACCAUCUUCUCACUCCUGGGAGUGGACCAUGCUUACGUCACCAGUAUUGGCAGACUCAUUGGGAUCGUUACCCUAAAGGAGCUCCGGAAAGCUAUUGAGGGCUCUGUCACAGCACAGGGCGUGAAAGUCCGGCCACCCCUCGCCAGCUUCCGUGAUAGUGCCACCAGCAGCAGCGACACAGAGACGACGGAGGUGCAUGCACUCUGGGGGCCCCGCUCCCGCCACAGCCUCCCCGGGGAGGGCAGCCCUUCUGACAGCGAUGACAAGUGCCAGUGAAUUCCUCAGCAGGCAGCCUGGGGUGGCAGUGGCCUUGCUGUCAGCCCGGAUCCUACAGCUCUCCUGUCCCUUCUGCCGUGGGAAAGCAGGAGGCAGCUACAGCCAAAGGUUGGGGCCGCAGCCCCCCGUCCAGACCAGGGGCACCAGCCUCUACUUGGAAUCUGACACAGCACCCACCUGCAGUGUUCCAAGGGCAGGAAGAUCAGCACUGGGAUGGGGAUGGGGAUGGGGCGGGGUACCUGACCCCUGCUGCCCCUUUGAGGGGGAAAGGGGUAGAACUAAGAUGGGUUUAUACUGGAACCUCCAAUGACCAGAUGUAUAUAGAGAUUUACAAAGAUUUUUAUAUUAAUUUAAUAAAACAAAUUCUUAAAUAGAAC